AUGGCAAGACAAUCAUUGGAACACAUUCUCUUUAUGCAAUUAAAAGAAGAUAUGACAGAAGCAGAAUUUAAAAAAUUAACCGAUUGCAUUGAAGAACUUAAAGGUUUACCAGGUGUUUUAAACAUUUCAUUUGGUAAAAACUUUUCAGAUAGAAGUGGAGGUUAUAACUAUGGUUACAGAGUUUUAUUUGAUUCAAAAGAAGCUUUAGAUAUUUAUGGUCCACAUCCAAUUCACGAAAGAUUCAAAUCAUUACUUAAUGAAGUUAGAACUGGUGCACCACUUGUUGCUGAUUUCUUUGUUCCAGAAUUCCCAUAUCCAAAAUAUUAA